UGGGUUUCGCCUCACCAUUUAUAACGCCGAUUUAGUUGAUUUAAUCGCCUCGCAUAUCGCAUAUUGAGCAAGUCGCACGCGACUAUAUAGCCGCCUGUGUAUUAGUUAAUUAUACGCGACACGACAACUACAAAGUGAACUACAGAUGUGUGUAUAAAUCAAUGUCCGCUCCUAACUGCUGCGGCUGCAGUGCCAAUCAUAAAAUAAAUAGAAAUAAAAAACAAAAACAGAAAGAAACAAUAAAACAGCUACGGCGUUAGCUUUGGCAACUCUUGUUUUUGUUUUUCAAUUUUUUCACAAUUUGGCGCGCUGUUUGUGACUAAGCUUCAUGCUUAUCGCGCAGACAAACAAAAAUAAAAGCAAGUGUGUAAUAAUAAAAUUUAAAAUAUUAAUCAAUUACACGUGUCAGCGAAACAAAGAGAUAAUUCGCCCGCAAAGUGCAUUCGAAACGAAGUCAAAAUAAAUUCAAGCGAAUCGCAAAUUAAAACUAAUAAAGUUGUUUUUGCAAACAGCAUAAACUCCCCUAAAAGGCAAUCAACAGUGAAAUCCAAUGGCUGAGGAGGAGUACUUGGGCGAUUUAGAGGAGAUUAUCAAUGCCAGCAUGGGAGUGAGCGGAGGCGGAAAUGGAGGAGCCGCAGGAGGAGGAGGAGGCGGUGGAGGUCAUCACAUACUAUCGCAGUCAACUUCGUUGCCGGUGAUGCCGUCACACCUGCCGCUCCACUUGCUGAAUCAGAGCCAGACGCCGCCGCCAAAGCCAAGUGCCAAGAGUGGACCCCACUUGCGCAUCGUGGAGGAGCCGACGAACAAUAUAAUCCGCUUUCGCUACAAGUGCGAGGGACGCACUGCCGGCUCCAUACCCGGCAUGAACUCGAACUCCGAGAAUGGGAAGACCUUUCCCACGAUUGAGGUAUGCAACUAUGAUGGUCCCGUUGUCAUCGUGGUGUCCUGCGUGACCAGCGAUGAACCCUACCGACAGCAUCCCCACUGGCUGGUCAGCAAGGAGGAGGCGGAUGCCUGCAAGUCGGGUGUUUACUCUAAGCGUUUGCCUCCAGAGGAGCGCCGAUUGGUGCUCCAAAAGGUGGGCAUCCAGUGUGCCAAGAAGCUGGAGAUGCGCGACUCCCUGCUGGAGAGGGAACGCAAGAAUGUGGAUCCCUUUGGAGCCAAAUUCGAUCACAAAGACCAGAUUGACAAGAUCAAUAGGUACGAGUUGCGACUGUGCUAUCAGGCCUUUAUCACAGUGGGUCACACACGGGUGGCCCUGGAUCCCAUUGUCUCCUCGCCAAUCUAUGGUAAGAGCAACGAGCUCACCAUCACCCGGCUGUGUAGCUGCUCGGCACCGGUCACUGGCGGCAAUGAGAUCAUUAUGCUGUGCGAAAGGGUAGCCAAGGAUGACAUCGAGGUGCGAUUCUAUGAGACGGAUGGAGAUGGACGAGAGACCUGGCAUGCCAAUGCAGAGUUCCUGCCAACGGAUGUCUUCAAACAAAUGGCCAUUGCCUUCAAGACGCCGCGCUACAGAAACCCAGAGAUUACACAGAGUGUACAUGUGGAACUAAAACUAGUGCGACCCUCGGAUGGAGCGACGAGUGCCCCGCUGAAGUUCGAGUACUACCCGAAUCCAGGUACGGUAACCUUUGCCAGGCUCCAGCGAAAGCUGAAGCGUCGCCAGGAGCUGGAUGUGUUCCAGCAGAUCCUCUCCCUUGACAGUGAAUCCGCCACAAAGUACUCGUGUCCACCGUUGGAUCUUGAGGAGGAGAACAACACGGUGUCAUCGGAUGAUCAGCAGAGUUCGGGAACGCUCAAUGAGUUCGAGAUAAUGGUAAAGAAACUGCAGAUGCAACAGCGAGGAGAGUCCCACGAAAUGGAUGGUGGAACCGUCACCGAGUAUACGGAUAACGAUAACGAACCUGACAUGGAGAUCGAACUGGAGGUGCCGCAGUUACUGCCCCAAUUGGCGGACGAUUGCACUCAGACCUCUACGCCCAUGGAGGAGAUACUGCAGCAUCCACAGCUGCAGUCACGUCCGCUGACCAAUGUGGACAAGAUCACCGAAUGGAUGAAGAGCAGCGAAUUUGAGCGAACGGAUAGCCUGACCGUGGAGAAUGGGGACACCCAAUCCCUGUCGAAUAGCACCGCUCAGACAGCCUUCACCAAUGUCAGCAGCCUGACGGCCAAUACGACCAUAACGAAUCAGCUGGAGGAGGAAGCCCAUCUGACCAACGGAUCCCGCAGGGAUACCCUUGAAAAUCCUGCAGUAAAGGAACUACCGGAGGCUGACAAGGAGCCAGAAACGGUGACAGCCAGUGCCCAGGCCUCCGUUGAUCUGGACGAGAACUUCGAUGAGACCGCCACUUACACAAGCCUUCAGAUAGCUUUCAACAAUCCCAUAGAUAUAGCUGCACCCAAGGAGAGCAGGCAGGGUGGUGGUAUACAGAUCUAUCCACCCACAAAUCCAUUUGGCUCUCUGGAUGAUGCUGAAUUAGUGGUUCUUACGAAUCCACCGGCACCCAGGAUUAAAGUGAAUGCCGCCCAGACCCCAGCCACGCCACCAGAUUCGCCUCCCCUGCCGCUGCCACCGCGUACACCUUCGCCAGAUCCCGAGCACAGAUUGCCGCCGUUGCCACCAAAGCCCCAGAGAAACUCACAGGAUCUGAGCAUUGUCAGUGACUCCAUCUCGAUAAGCCGCUCCCGAAAUGGUAGCCUUAGCUCCGCCAGAACCACACCCUCACCCAUUAUCAUAAUGCGAACUCCCGACCAAAGUCCCACCAAAAGGCAGCCCACACCAAGUGAGUCCCCGAAGAAGCGCCAGGGAUUCUUCUCUCGAUUCUUUUCCCGCCGCAAGAGUAGGGCCGAGGACGAAGAGUCCUUGACACCGGGUGCAAGUCCUAGUAAGCAAUCCUCUGGCAGAUCGAAAGCCACCACACCCACCGGCAGUAGGGAGCCAAGUGUGGCACAUUUCUCCCUAGGCGAUCCCAAUCGCAGCUCCACGAAAUCCAUGCAACCUCUGGGCAAGAGCGAAGGUCGGAAUGGAAAGCCAGUGGGUCGGAGUUCGAGCAGUGUGUCCGGCAAGAGGCCAGCACAUCUGGACGCGGAUGUGAUUCAUAUUCCCCUGAAGGGUGGCGACAGCGAGAACAGCUUGCUCCGUCCGGAGAGCUACUCGAAUGCCAGUACCUUGAGCUAUGGACGACCUCUAGACCGGAAGACCCUCAGCACCCUACAAUUGGCGGAUAUUCCCAUCAGUGAUGGUAAUAUGGAACUGGUGGCCAUUGCCGAUCGUCAGAGCAUAAGGAAUUUGUGCGAAGGUGCCUAUGGUGUGGUACUGGAUCCCAGUGUGGAUCUCUCCGAGGCUGAGCACUUUGCGCUGUACACCAGCAAGAGUCCGGAGCCACCUUUCGGCGGUGAAAUGGGUGGAGAAGGUGGAGGAGCAGGUGGCGGUCGCGAUGGAGCUGAAGCCACUGACUUCCUUAGUGCAGAUGAAAUUGCUCGACGGCUGGCGGAGGCCAAUGGAUUGCAGUAGAAAUGGAGUGAAAAAUUAAAGGGGUGAAAGGGUAACUGAUUUGUGGAGAGGAAGUAUAAAUAAAAACUAUUAAAUGUAGCUACAAAAUUUAACUUUUUAAAGGGUUUAAGCUCUUUUUAAGCUGCAUUUAAAGUUUAAUUCGGAAUAUUUCCUAAUCCACCAAAAAUCAGACCCCCCAGCACUAUCUAGUUUAUUACACACACAAAAAAAGGCACACAACUAUACAAACUAUAUCUUUUCUAGUCGUCUUUUCUCUCUUGCAGUAUUAAUUACCAAACAAAAAUAUAAUGCACAAAUUAAUUUCUAGCUUAGAAAUACCUGAGAAAUAUCUCACCGAAAAAACCAGAAUAAUUCGUUUCUAAUCACAUGAACCUCCUCCGAAUGUCUUUUUAGAAACCCUCACCCAGCACAAUCGUUCGGAGACCCGCAAAGCGGUUGAAAGCCUUAAACGCGGUCUCAUGA